GAAAGAGUGGAAGCGUACAUUUUGGUGGUCAAACAAAACAAUUGCUUUCACUAUCUCUGCUCUGUGCUGACAUUCGCGUUGGGCCUGCUUUGCGUUUUAAAAUAAAACUGCUGUCUGUGCGUGAGGUUGCUCCAUCGGUGCAAUUCAAAUUCACAAAUUAUAUAAUUUAUCCAAAAGUGCACUGAUUGAUUUUCUGACAGCCAAGGAUAGCAGCAGCGUCUCCAGCCUUUGGAUAUGGCGCGUCUCAUUGAGAGCAAUUUUGUUCCGAUUGCUGUGGGCGUUAUAGCCGUAGUCGCUGGCGCCCUGAUAGUCCACUAUUUCAUCAACAAGAAGUCGACAAAGCCCCGCCGGGAACCCAACCGGACAGCACGUCUGCGCACGCUUGUAGAUCCCAAUGAUAAGUAUCAACUGCCACUGAUUGAGAAGGAGGUGCUCAGUCAUGAUACACGACGAUUCCGCUUUGGACUGCCCUCCAAGCAACACAUAUUGGGACUGCCUGUUGGCCAGCAUAUUCAUCUGAUAGCCACGAUUGACAACGAGCUUGUUAUUCGCCCGUACACGCCCAUCUCUUCCGAUGAGGAUGUAGGCUACGUGGACCUAGUUGUGAAGGUGUACUUCAAGGAUGUGCAUCCCAAGUUCCCAGCCGGCGGCAAAAUGACGCAACACUUGGAGCAAAUGGAGCUUGGUGAUAAGAUUUCGUUCCGUGGACCUUCAGGCCGUUUGCAAUAUCUGGGCAAUGGUACCUUCUCCAUAAAGAAACUGCGCAAGGAUCCUCCCAAGCAUGUGACUGCCAAGUAUGUCAACAUGAUUGCCGGUGGCACAGGAAUCACUCCCAUGUUGCAGCUGGUACGCGAAGUGCUCAAGCGAAACGACAAGGACAAAACCCAAAUAGCUCUUCUAUUUGCCAACCAGAGUGAAAAGGAUAUUUUGCUGCGUGACGAGCUGGAUGAAUUAGCCAAGAAACAUCCUGACCAGUUUAAGGUCUGGUACACCGUUGAUAAAUCUGCCGAAGGCUGGACCUACAGCGUGGGCUUCAUCAAUGACGAAAUGAUUGGCGCUCAUCUGUUGCCGGCCAACGAUGAGACAAUUGUCCUGCUUUGCGGCCCACCGCCCAUGAUCAACUUUGCCUGCAAUCCAGCGCUAGACAAGCUCGGCUAUCAUCCGGACACACGAUUUGCCUACUAGAGAAUAAGGACCCGUGGAUCGAUUCCUCCGUUAUAUAUGGGAACACAUGCAUUGGAGACAUUAUUUGCAUUUCUGUUUGUCAAUUUCUUUACGCUCAAGAGUUGCAUUUUUAACUGUAUCCGAAUCAAGAUGAAUUAACAAUGAAUACUCUCAACCGAGUAGCCACAUCUGUACUUGGGUCCGAUACCCACUGAAUUAGGCUCUGAGGAUACAUAUGCUUUCUCCUAGAACAUUAUUUUUAUUUUAUUUUUUUAAUAAACAACUGUUACAAGAAGAAACCAGAACAAAUUCAAUUGUUAUCUAAUUUCCAUAACAAACAAUUUGUAGUCGAUGAACUCUGAUCUGACAUUCAGUUCGAAUCGAUCGAUUUGUCUAUUCAUUUGCAUUCAAUUCAUUCAUUCAUUCGCUUUAAUUCAGCACGAGUAUGCUAAUAUGAGUCAUUUGAUCGUUGCUUUUCAUAUAAUUAAAUAUCAUCAACCCUUUGAUUCAAGUCUGAGCUCCUUAUUUUCAAUUUCCAAGCAAGCUUUAUGACAAUACGUGUAUCUAUCGAAAUGUGUGAAUAAACUGUAAGGCUUCAAUUUGACUAAAAGACAAUUGGCCACGCAUAAUUUUAAACAAAUACUAAUAAAGAUUAUUAAAAACAA